UCUCCUAGUGCUGCUCUUGGUGGGAACUGUUGGGCUUGAAGUAUUUAUACCACAGACUGUAGAAAACAAGGAUUCUACAGCAGCCUGCGCAGGAGACUCGACACCUGUGAGGACAGAUUCCGGGCUGAACACACCCUCUCUCUGCCUGGCAGGAUAAACCCCGGGCCGCAAGAACCCUGUCCCCCGUCCUUCACAGGAAGCUAAGAUGGCGGCCGCGGUGAGAACCAUCGGCUCCUCUUUGGGCAAAAACAUCCGAGAGAUCCGCGUCCACCUCUGCCAGACCUCCGGGGCCAGCAAGGGGGCAAGGGACUUCGUGGAGCAGCACUACGUGAGUCUGAAGAAGUCCAACCCAGACUUCCCGAUCCUGAUCAGAGAAUGUUCUGGAGUCCAGGCCCGGAUCUGGGCCCGAUACGGUUUCGGGAAAGAGAACAGUGUCUUGGUGGACAACAUGUCAGCUGAUCAGGUGGCCAAAGCUCUUCAGACUCUGGUUCAGUCCAAACCCUGACCCCCCGUUUCUACUGGAAGUGGUUCGGCCCGGAAGACUCGCCUGCUUCACUCAGUUCAUGUGUAAAUGUGUUGAUAUGAAUAAACUUCAGUGUUAUUAAUGUCUGAA